AUGGACCCGGGAAACUGGGCCACGGACAUUGCGGGAGGGUCGGCGUUCGGAUACACGCUGCUAUUCGUCGUGCUCAUGUCGUCCAUCUGCGCCAUGUUCCUCCAGAGCCUGUCUUUAAAGCUCGGCGUCGUCGGCGAAAGGGACCUCGCGCAGGCCUGUCGCGACGCGUAUCCGCGCUACGCGAAUCUUGUCCUCUGGAUCCUUGCCGAAAUCGCCAUCGCCGCGACGGACCUCGCGGAAGUUAUCGGAUCCGCGACCGCAUUGUACCUUCUCUUCGGCCUACCCUUAUGGAUAGGCAUCCUUAUAACGGGAGCUGAUUGCCUCCUUAUAAUCUUCCUCGGCGGCCGCAGCGCGCGCGUGCUGGAGCUCCUAAUCUUCAUCCUCUGCGCUGUGAUCGCCGCGUGCAUGACGUACGAGUUAAUCGCGGUCCGUCCCGACUGGGUCCUGGUCCUGAAAGGGUUCGUUCCAUCAGGCCAGAUUUUCACAAACCCUGACGUGCUAUACGCGGCGGUGGGUAUCCUGGGAGCAACGGUCAUGCCGCACAACCUGUACCUCCACUCCAGCAUCAUCCAAACGCGCAAUUACGGCCGCACCGCGGAGGGCAAGCGCAUGGCCGUGCGUUACGGCACGUGGGACUCGUGCCUGUCGCUGUUCGUCGCGUUUUUCGUGAACGCGGCCAUUCUGAUCCUCGCGGCCGCCGCGUUCUACUACAACGCGUCGGGCCAGCAGACGGUCGCGGAUAUCAGCGACGCGUAUCACCUGCUUGCGCCCGCCAUCGGCGACACCGCCGCGCGGAUCCUCUUCGGAAUUGCUUUAUUAGCCAGCGGGCAAAAUUCCACCAUUACGGGAACGCUUGCGGGACAAAUUGUAAUGGAGGGGUUUGUGGAUGUGAAGCUGCCGCCAUGGCUGCGACGCAUGGUGACCCGCUGCAUCGCGAUCGUUCCUGCUGUUGUUGUGGCGGCUAUCAGCGGCAUGGAAGGCGCCGGGAAGCUUCUGGUGCUGAGCCAGGUGAUUCUGUCGCUCCAGCUGCCGUUUGCCAUUGCGCCUCUGGUGCACUUCACGUCGUCCCCUGCUCGCAUGGGGAAGUUUGUGAACGGGUGGGUGAGCACGAUUCUCGCGAUUCUCCUGACGCUGGUCAUCAUAGGGCUUAAUGGGUUCCUGGUGGUGCAGUGGGCCAUGGGUGGUUAG